AUGAAGAUCACCAGGCAGAAACAUGCCAAGAAGCAUCUUGGCUUCUUCCGCAAUAAUUUUGGAGUCCGCGAGCCAUACCAGAUACUGCUGGACGGCACUUUCUGUCAGGCGGCGCUACGGGGCCGCAUCCAGCUGCGAGAGCAGUUGCCCCGCUACCUCAUGGCGGAGACUCAGCUGUGCACCACCAGAUGUGUGUUAAAAGAGUUGGAAACAUUGGGAAAGGACUUAUAUGGGGCAAAGCUGAUUGCCCAAAAAUGCCAGGUUCGAAAUUGUGCCCAUUUCAAGAAUGCAGUGAAUGGAUCAGAAUGUCUGCUUUCCAUGGUGGAAGAUGGAAAUCCUCACCAUUAUUUCCUGGCAACACAGGAUCAGAAUUUGUCUAUGAAAGUAAAGAAAAAGCCUGGAAUUCCUCUCAUGUUUAUUAUUCAGAACACUAUAGUCUUGGACAAACCUUCUCCCAAAACGAUUGCAUUUGUUAAAGCAGUAGAGUCUGGUCAGCUUGUCUCAGUGCAUGAGAAACAGAAUAUCAAGCAACUCAAAGAGGAACAGGGUUUAGUAAAAGACCCAGAACAGAGAAGAAGAAAAAAGCGCAAGAAAGUAAGUGGCCCCAAUCCUCUUAGCUGUUUGAAGAAAAAGAAAAAAACACAGGAUACGAACUCAUCUGCCUCGGAAAAGAAAAGGAAAAGAAAAAGAAUCCGAAACAGAUCUACCUCAAAAGUACUUUCUGCAAAGCAGAAUGCAGAAGGGUAA